CCUCGAUAGAACCCCAGCCGCGGUCCUUCUCGGAUUUCCCUAGUUUUCAGCAAAAUCGGCCGGGCAGUCGGCCAUCGCCGGCGACGUCAACAGGCCGGAAAUCGAAACCUUUCUCGGCUUCCGAUCUAUUCCACCAGAUCUCCUCCGUUUCUCCUUUCUCUAUUCUCUGUCGCUUUAGAUCCACCAGCUUUCCGGCGGUUUUCUGCAGGUGAUCGCCGUGAAACUGGAUGUUUAGCUCCAGAUCGGGCGUCUCCUCGGCGGAUUUUUCCUCCAUUUGAGUCUGAUCCUGUUUCUCUGCAAUAAUCGGGUGGUAUUCCAGGCCCUGAUGCGAUUUUCCGGGCAAUAGCGGUUUCUGGAUCACCGGAGAAGGGUUUCGUUUGAUCUGCUUUGGUCCCUUUGGCUUGAUUAAGAGGGAGGGAGGGAGAGAGAGAGAUGCCUUCUGGAGCAAGGCUACCGACGUGGAGGGAGAGGGAGAACAACAAGAGGAGGGAGCGACGGCGGCGGGCGAUCGCAGCGAAGAUCUAUACGGGGCUCCGGGCGUACGGCGACUUCAAGCUCCCGAAGCACUGCGACAACAACGAGGUCCUCAAGGCCCUCUGCAACGAGGCUGGCUGGACCGUCGAAGAAGACGGCACUACUUACCGGACGGGAUCCAAGCCGGCUGCACGCGUGGAUGCUGCUGCAGGGGGCUCAGCUUCACCAAGCCCGUGCACAUCUUAUCAGCCAAGCCCACGCGCAUCCUAUAACCCUAGCCCACCCUCGUCGUCCUUCCCAAGCCCAUCCUCCUCUUACGUCACCCAUGCCCAUAACGCUAACCAAGGAGCGGAUGGCACUUCCCUCAUCCCUUGGCUCAAGAACCUCUCCUCAGCCUCCUCCACAUCCUCCUUGAAUCCCCCCAGCCACCACCAUUUCUACAUGCAUGCAGGCUCCAUCAGUGCCCCUGUGACUCCUCCGCUAAGUUCUCCAACUGCUCGAUCACCUCGCGUUAAGACCGAUUGGGAUGACCCUGCAUCCCAGCCUCGUUGGGCUGGUUCCCAGUACACUUUCCUACCAUCCUCCACCCCACCGAGCCCUGGCCGUCAGGUUAUCCCGGAUCCUGCGUGGCUCGCAGGGCUCCGCCUCCCUUCUGGGGGCCCCUCCUCGCCCACCUACACCCUUGUUUCAUCGAACCCAUUUGGCUUCUUCUGUAAGGAGGCAUCGGCUGGUGCAGGAUCUUCCAGAAUGUGGACUCCGGGACAGAGUGGGACGUGCUCUCCUGUGCCUGGUGGACAUGCAGGUGUUCGGGUGUCCGAUGGCAUUUCGGAUGAGUUUGCAUUCGGGAGCAGCAGCAAUGGCAAUCUUCAAUCAAAUGGGUUGGUGAAGCCAUGGGAGGGAGAAAGGAUCCAUGAGGAAUGCGGAUCAGACGAGCUGGAACUUACCCUUGGAAGCUCCAGGACCAGGUCUGAAGCUUGACGAGCAUUCAUGAGUAUUAACUUCUCUUUCUCCUGUUUCUGUUGAUGUGUCGUUAGUUGAGAGAUGGAGAGGGUUCAAGAUACCAUCAGUGGUCUUCUGUCUCCAGCCUCCAUCCGCUUUCAGGAGAUUGAUGUAGGCUCAUUCUGCUUUGAAACAUUAAGACUGAGUUAUGUCCUGGAGAGUGGAUGGUAGAAGGAAAGGCAAAAUGAGAAAUAUCUGAGAAAAUUGAGGGGAUUAGGAACAAGGUGUUGUGUGUUCCUGUUAAUUUUUUUUUUUGGAUGUUUUGCCAUUAUAUUUUAGAUUACAUGGAUUUAUUUUUAUCCUUUUUUUUUUGCACUAGUUGCCAUAUAUCAUUUCAUGCAGAGCUUUAGUUGCUUUGCGCUUCAUCCCCUACAAAGUUGUACCGAGCUGUGGUGGUGUCAUCUUGUUGAAUUGUCAGUUACAAACAAUUUGUUCUCUGUGGCAAGGAUCAUCCCCCAACAUUGAGUUAA